AUGCAACGUCAGCUUGUUGGUUUACGCCAACCGGGUCAAGUGUCAAGGUGGUGUCGUCAACAAGGGAUGGGACGAGGACUGUACCGUCAACUCGUCCCGCACGGCAGCCACGCUCCGGCCCAAGGCUUCCGUACCAUGAUUUUGCCCAGGAGUGCGUUCCUACCGACGACGACCCUGCCUUGCCUGCAUAUACUGCCUAGACUUGCCAGAGCCAACUGGCCCACUCAUCUUGCCACGAGACGCUCGCUAGGCUUUGGACCUCGGGCAGCGCCGCUGGAAAGGGCCACGUUCGCAUCUGUGGCCAUGACAGGAACAAAGCUAGUCUACCAGUUGAACGAGACGCUGCGGUCUUACUCGACCCGCGUCGCGUCAGUGCGGCCGUUCUCGAAGCUGGCCCUCGAGGAUCGUGCGCUCUUCAAAUCAUUUGCCGAUGAUGACGUCGUCGUCGUUACUGAAGAGACAAUCUUCUAUGCACAGGGCGGCGGGCAGCCCUUCGAUACUGGCUUCAUGACCAGCGCGCCGGCCAAUUUCCAGGUCUUGGCCGUGCGCAGCUCUGUCGCAUCUCCUGGGCAGGUGCUGCACUUGGGUCGCCAUCUUGAAGGCGCGCUCGCUCAGGGUGAUGCUGUCGAGCAACAUAUUGACUCGAAACGUCGCGACGACAACUCACGUUUGCACACUGGCGGACAUGUUGUUGCUCUCGCCGUGCGCAAGCACCUUCUGAACGGCGCCGUAGACGACGCCUCCCACAAGGACCUCGUGGAACUGGGCGCCUCUCACUACCCCGACUCGGCGUACGUCAAUUUCCAGGGUACCAUCGAGGCAUUGCACGAGGAUGCUAUCCAGGCCCAAGUCGACGCGUAUAUAGACGCCGCACUGCCUGUCAAGGUUUACUAUUGGAGCGAGGAGGAGCUGCGCAGUCGCUGCGCCGCUGUGCCCGACGCGGUCGCAAUCCAAGACAAGGACGGCGGGCUGACGAGGGCAGUGGACAUUGAAGGUGCUGGAGCUUAUCCUUGCGGUGGAACGCACGUCAAAGAUACUCGCCUUGUGGGGAAAGUAAAGGUGAAGAAGAUUUCCAGGUCCAAGGGCUGCAGCAGGGUAUCUUACACGGUCGAGCAUCCGUAGAAAGCAAUGAGAAUGAAC